UCCAUCACCGCCCGUUCAGUUUUCUCUCUCCGACAAAUCCUCUCAUUGCAAAGCAGAGAGAGAGAGAGAGAGAGAGAGAGAGAGAGAUCAGAGCCUCGGCUUAUCCCCAGAAAUUCGAUCACUGAGCUCAUUGGGGUCAGGUCAGGUCAAUGUGGCGCCCCCCCUAGUCCCCGAGAAAACGACAUCGCCCCCGUGAUUGUCCUGUGUCUCCAUCUGUCCCUCACAAUCUCUGCUAUGUGCACCUACAUUUCUGUAAAAACGAUAAUAACCUCGCAGACCCUUCUCUGUUUUGUCUACGGGGAAUGAUUGGUCGAAUGAGUUGUCACCAACUCCUGGUUUCCCCUUUCAUGUUUUACCAAAUCCAUCACGGGAUGAUAUGAAUGAUUCUUACUUCUGUCUUCCCCUUGUCUCGAAUUCUUCUGGGAUCAAUCAGUCUUGUUUGUUCACUCGACAAAAGACAGUGAAUUUCUUCUCCUUUUUUUCUCUUGGUUUUCUUUGACUGAAGACAGUGUCUGUUCUCUCUGUAUCUUCACAGAUUCCCACAGUACCAAGUUGAUCCUGUGAACACUACUUUUGUCCUGUUCUGCCAGCUAAUCCCAGUGUCAUUCCCCAAUUUCUCCCCCGGCUAAAUUUACAGGACAGGGCAAUCCUUGUUCUCUCCCCUCAUCAAGUUCAGAUUUUUUUUGGGGGGAGAAUUUCACAUAAAAAUCCCCCUUUUGUUGCUCAAUUCAGCUCCUGGCAGUUGUUUCUGUUGUGGGUGUCGGCUGAAAUUCGUGUUGAGAUUUGAUUUGACAUCCAGUCUUGGGUGUUUGAUCAGUUCACCCCGGUGCGUGCGUCCUCUCCUGGGUUUCUCCUAAAAAAAUGGAGGCUGUCGUCUGGCUGCUCGAGUUGUUGACUGUCCUCCUGCUAUGCGCCAAUGCCCUGUCCAAGGAGUGCACCAAUAUCCCCACGCAGCUCUCCUCCCACACUCUCCGGUUCGAGCUCCUGUCCUCGCGGAACGAGUCGUGGAGGAAGGAGAUGUUCUCACUCUACCAUUUGAUACCCACGGAUGAAGAAGCCUGGCUCAACUUGCUCCCCAGGAAGAUUCUUACGGAGCAGGACGAGCUCGAGUGGACGAUCAUGUACCGGAAGAUGAAGAACUCGGGCGGAGAUAAGGACGGGAACUUCCUCAAGGAAGUCUCGUUGCACGAUGUAAGGUUGGACCCGAGCUCGGUCCACUGGAGGGCACAGCAGACCAAUUUGGAGUAUCUGUUGCUCUUGGACGUGGACAGGCUAGUCUGGAGCUUCAGGAAGACGGCCGGUUUGGCCACUCCGGGAAAGCCUUAUGGAGGUUGGGAGGAACAGACUGUCGAGCUUCGGGGGCAUUUUGUCGGGCAUUAUCUGAGUGCAACUGCGCACAUGUGGGCGAGCACUCACAAUAACACCCUUAAGGAGAAAAUGAACGCCGUGUUGAGAGCUUUAUCCGCCUGUCAGGAGAAACUCGGUUCAGGCUAUCUCUCUGCUUUCCCGUCUGAGCAGUUCGACCGCUUUGAAGCUGUUAAACCUGUCUGGGCUCCGUAUUACACUAUUCACAAGAUCCUGGCAGGCCUGUUGGAUCAGUACUUAUUAGCAGGUAACGACCAAGCUCUUAAGAUGACGACGUGGAUGGUCGACUAUUUCUAUAAACGCGUGCAGAACGUAAUAUCGAAAUAUAGUAUAGAAAGGCACUGGCUGUCCCUCAACGAGGAAACAGGCGGGAUGAACGAUAUUCUAUACAAAUUGUACGUCGUAACGAAUGAUCCCAAGCAUCUGCUGUUGGCUCAUCUUUUUGACAAGCCGUGCUUUCUGGGAUUGCUUGCUGUUCAGGCAGAUGACAUAUCAGGUUAUCAUGCUAACACACAUAUUCCAAUCGUCAUUGGAGCUCAGAUGCGGUAUGAAGUCACUGGUGACCCAAUUUAUAAGACCAUAGGAACAUUCUUUAUGGACAUCGUCAAUUCCUCCCACAGCUAUGCAACAGGGGGCACUUCCGUGGGCGAGUUCUGGUCCGAACCAAAGCGCUUGGCAACAACCCUGCAGACAGAGAAUGAAGAAUCUUGCACGACGUACAACAUGUUAAAGGUUUCACGCCACCUGUUCAGAUGGACAAAAGAAGUUGCAUAUGCAGAUUAUUACGAGCGUGCCCUAACAAAUGGCGUCCUCAGUAUACAAAGAGGAACAGAACCUGGUGUAAUGAUCUAUAUGCUUCCAUUGGGCCGGGGAGUUUCGAAGGCCGUAAGCUACCAUGGGUGGGGGAGUAAAUUUGAUUCCUUCUGGUGCUGUUAUGGAACAGGGAUUGAAUCAUUCUCGAAGUUGGGAGAUUCCAUCUACUUUGAAGAGCAAGGGCAAGCUCCAGGUCUUUACAUCAUACAGUAUGUAUCAAGCUCAUUGGAUUGGAAGUCAGGGCAGGUUGUAGUUAGCCAGAAUGUGGAUCCUGUUGCAUCUUGGAUUCCUUAUCUCCGAGUGAAGUUCACAUUCUCACCGAAGCAGGGAGAAGGGCGGUCACCGACUCUGAAUUUCCGAGUUCCCUCAUGGUCUAAUCCCGGUGAUGCCAAGGCAGAACUCAAUGGCCAAAGUUUGACUCUACCAGCUCCUGGAAGUUUCUUGUCUGUUAAUAGGGAAUGGAGCUCGGACGACAAACUUACCCUUCAGCUACCCAUUUCUCUUAGGACAGAGGUCAUUCAAGAUGAUCGAUCCGAAUAUGAUUCCCUUCAUGCAAUACUCUACGGACCUCAUCUUCUUGCCGGCUUAACUGAUGGAGAUUGGGACGUAAAGUCCGACUCAACUGCCUCCCUCUCCGACUGGAUCUCUGUAGUCCCUGAGGCCUAUAACUCGCAGUUACUGUCUCUUUCACAAGAUAUAGGAGAUUCAACUUUCGUGUUAUCCAACUCUAACCAGUCGAUCACAAUGGUGAAACUUCCCGAGCCGGGGACAAAUCUGUCUGUGCACUCUACCUUCAGGCUCAUACUGAAGGACCAGACUCAGACUCCCUUCAAAUUUUCAUCACCAAAAGAUGCUAUUGGCAAGCCCAUCGCAUUAGAACCAUUCGCUCUGCCGGGAUCAUUUAUUGUGCAGAAGGGGGAAAACAAAAACAUUGCUGUCGAACGGUCUAAGAGCGAGGACUCAAUCUUCCGGUUGGUAUCAGGCCUGGAUGGGAACUCUGCUACAGUAUCGCUGGAGUCGGUAAACCAAAAGGGCUGCUACAUUUAUACUGGUGCAAAGUAUAGUCCUGGUGAUAAGCUGAAGCUCAGUUGCAUUUCUGGUUCCUCGGGCUCGGAAUUCAAUCGUGGUGCCAGCUUUGUGCUGAGGGAUGGGAUCGCCAGGUAUCAUCCCAUAAGCUUUGUGGCGAAGGGGUUGUAUCGGGACUUUCUCUUGGCACCAUUGAAUAGCUUGAGAGAUGAGUCCUACACAGUUUACUUCAACUUUCGAGCUUGAGAGCACAAAUCACACAGAAAUAAGUACAUGAAUUGCAAACAACUUUCUCAUUUAGGUUUCUUCAUUUUUCAAAUUUGAUUGUACGAGUUGCCUAUGUCGUGUUCAUCAGAUCGCGGAUUUUACGAGAUGAACAUCUCGAGUCUAUUCCUGUUGCAGUUUCAUUGUAAUCUUCAGUUCAGACUUAUCAGAGCCAGAGCCAUAUAUAUGUUGAGGAGAAUGUAACUGCAAGAACGCUGUUCGUUCGAUGCAGUUCUGCACAGUUAAUGGUCAGAUUAUAAAUUGUUAUUCGAGGAUAAGUGUUAUUGA